AUGCCUUUGUAUGGCCUUCCCGGCAUUCCACGCGGUGCAACAGUGGCUGCUUCGGCGGUUUCACUGCUGGUCUCUGCCUGCGGGCUCUCUCUUCUGAGGCAAACGCGGCCCAAGAGGCAUGACGAAGAAUUCGAGGAAUUCGAUGAUGACGGGGACGGCUGCAUGGUGGAUGAUGAUUUUUGUGCGAGCACGCAGGGCGCGUUCGGUGCUUUGCUGCUCUAUUGCGGCCUGGUGUUGGGGGAGUUGCCCUUCCUGAUGGGUGUUUCAGCGGAGGAUGAGGGCAAAGCCGCUGCGUUCGUGCAGAAUCUGCUGGUUCUCGUCUGUUGGUUGGUGGAGCGGCUCCUCCUCACCGGGCAGCCGCUGCCUCUUAUUCAGAGCGUCUCCUGCGCCCUGGUGUGGCUGGCGGCCAUGCUCAUCGACUGGGCGGGUCCGACGCCCUAUGACGACGUGACCCUUGGCUUGGCAAGCCAAAUUGCAGGCUGUGAUGGCGGCUACCGCUCUCCGUUUAUCCUCUACGCCACGGUGUGGAUCACUGGUCUCAUGUUCGGGACCCUCCUGCUGUGCUUCGAGGAGGCUGGUCACUUCCUCGCCGAAGGCUCCGAACAGGAGUCUCGUGAGGCGAAAGCACCGCCGCUUCGGCGGAAGGCUUUGCCCAUUUUGUAUGGCCUGGCGACCUCCAUGUCUUGCAUUCUCUUUGCCACAGGCUCCGCGACGAACGACAUGACUUGGGUCGUGAGCGGGGUGCUCCUCCUGGUAAUCUCUGUGCUCUGCGCCUGGAACUGGCUCUGGCGCCUAGAGAUGAACUUAGCCACCUUCGGCGCCCUCUUCCACGGCUUCGCCGUGGCCCUGCGAGCGGUGCAGAACCAUGCUGUUUUCCGAGACCUGCGCUGGGACCCGGAGGACCAGCAUGGCAUCCUCGUGGUCUAUGAGUUUCCUGGGCUCCAACUCUUUAUGUUUGGCAUGCUGGUGAUGUUUGCAUCGCUGCAGUUUUAUCUCUACACCUGCAACUGGAAGGAGUGGAGAAGUCUUGAAAGCCAAGAAGAUCAGACAGGGCAUGAGGGCGGCUACAGCUACAAUGCGGUGAAAGACCUGGGCACCGCCGACGACAAGGACGACGAGGGCAGCCAAGCUUGUGCCGGCAGCUACUGGUGGCAGUGGAUCCUCCUCCCGCUUUGCAUUCUCUGUCAAGUUAUUGGCGUACAUGUGCCACUUAUCUACACCGAGUGCAUCUUGCCGAAUGUCACGUGGGUUCAUGACGAUGCCGACGGCUUCCGAGUCUCGCAAGGGGAGUCCUACAUUGACGUCAUCCGCUGGCUGUAUCAGCGUCAACUUCCAUGCUCAGCGUUUGUGGCUGCGUACAAUGCCAUGUUGCUGCCCCCGCUGCAGUUCUUGAUGAUCUUCCUGAUCCUCCUAAACCCGGCAUUCAUCCCGGGGGACUUGCGCCAAUCGAUGCAGACAUACGUUAUGACGCUGGCGCCCAUGCGCUUCACCCAGCCGUCCAUAAUGAUGCUGGUCGUUGGCAUCGCGAGCCUUCCCAUCGAGCACCAGCAUCCUGACAACAUCCGCUAUGGUGGGUACUUCACAAACGGCUACUGGUUCUUCUUGUCUUACUGUGUGGCGAACCUCAUCUUGGCCUGGUCCGUGCAGCCAACAGACUUCCUUCCAAAGCCCGAGGGACUUCUGAAGGCCUGCAAGAGCGUCAAGGGGAGGGACCCAACCCUGAAGCUUUCGGGUCACUACAGCGACGAUGCAGAGUCCGAGGGCUCCGGGCCCGAGGAUCUUCAUCCGAAUCCUCCUGUACCGUUCUUGCUGGCGACGGCCGCGCUGGUCGUGGCCGGCAUUUGGGUUGCCCUGACGUACCCGUACCUGGAGUUCGAGUUUCGGAUCGCAGGUGUGGCGAUCCACCGGGUGACUCCUACUGUCCUGGACCUGUGGCGGAGCAUAGGCUCCGUGUCAUGGUUUCUGAUGUGCUUCUCAGCCUGUACAGUGAUCUUGCUGCCCUCGUUGUGGGUAGUGUUACUCUGUUGCCGGCUGCAGCCGGACUCCUCCUUCGGCUGGGCUGAGCACUGGCUGAGGCCUUGGGUCAUGUGCCACAUCUGGGCGGCAUCUCUGGUCCUGGUCUACUACAUCGUGAUGGCCAGGAAUCAAAACACCAUGGAGGUGUGCGCCACGUUCCCAUCCCUGCCUCUGGGGCUUGCCGGCAUCCUUGCGACGGGCUUAGGAACCUACGCCCUGCUCCAUGCUGCCAAAGCGCAGUCGCGUCCGGUCCAUGCGCUGCCGCCGGGUGGUGCCCCGUUAUGGCUGGGGGGGCCGGCCUUGGCCAUCUUAGCCCUUGGAACGUUUCUUUCCACGCACGGGCCCCUGCACCAAGCGAAGCCGAAGAAUUUGGAGGACGUGAACCUUCGCUUGGACCACAUGGUGGAACUUCUGAACCAGCAUCUGCGCAAGGAUGUGACGGAGACGUUCGGUGACUGCUCGGCGCUUUGGGACCAGCGCAUGAAAGAAGGUGAGGUCUCUUCUAGCUCACAGUGGGCGAAAUAUGCAGACUGCUCUGGAACCACACCACUGCUGCAGCGCGAGACAGAGGUGGGCCCAGCAACCUCCAAGCAUCGUAUGAAGCUCGAGGCCCUGUGGGCGAAGGGUGUGAACUCUUUGGAGUUGGAGACCCUCCGGUUACGUCGUCCACCGGAUCUCUGGCAGGCUGACCAACUAUGGCACCUUGACAUCCGGGCGGCUUUCGCUGACCUCCAUGUGUUCAUGAACGUUUUCGUGGACGGCAAGGAGUGGUACAGCGGCAAUGUGUGCUGCGAUGAGGCGUUUCACUUCGAGCUCCAAGUCACUGUCCAAUGCCGGCAGGGCCUGGGAUUCGACGCCAUGGAGCUAAACUUACUCCACAUGGACAAGGUGGUCCUGGCACACAACGCCGCGCUCCUCUCCGGGCCCGCUUGGGCAGCGGCCGCCUCCGAAGCCGGCCGCCGAGAGCUGGUGAAGAAAGUCGUCGAAGACUUCGUCUCGUUGAAAACUGGAAGACUGCUGUUGAGGAACCUGGAGAAUAAAUCGGCGAAAGCACGCCAGAUCGCCAGCGAUGUCCUUUCAGACGUCGUGGAACUUAACACAGGCGAGAUUUGCACCAUGCAGGUGUGA